AUGGACAACUUUAGAUGUAAAUAUCUUACCCAUGAAAAUGAAGAAAUAAUUGGAUUUUGCUUGAAUCAGAAUUGCUAAAAUGCAACUCUAUAUUGUUAUGAAUGUUUAACUACUACUCAUUAAGAUCAUUUUAAUGAUUGUAUUCGAUUCCCUAAAAUUGAUUAAUAUAUGAAUGAAUUCAUACAAGUUUACAAUCAAUCAACCAAAUAAUUCAAAAAAACCUACUUUAGUGUUGUUUUGAAAAAAUUAAAAAAAUUAUGGAACAAAAUAUAAACUAACUAGAAAAGAUGA